AAUGGAUUCUGAUAUAACACAAGAUGUGUCGAAGAAAUUUCUUAUGAUAGUUGAUAAUAAAAUUAAAGAUUCCGUUCAAUCUGAAGACUCUCGACAAUUCAUUCAAUUACGACAUCCUCGUAGCGAUGAAGCUUUCAUGGUUUAUGUAUCGUUUGAAAAGAAUAAGAUUCUUGUUUACGAAGUCCUAAAAUUUGAGGAGCAAUACAGAUCGUGGUUUAUUGAUGAUGAAGUUCAAUCAGACGGUUCGUUGUAUUUAAUAACACCAAUUGACUUAAGAUUCAUUAUACUUCCGUACCUUUUAAAAAAAUCUUCGCAAUAUAUGCAAAUUGAAGAGAUUCUUAGUGAUGAAGAAUAUGAUAAUCUACAAGUUUUUAUGUCUCCUCCGAACGUAAUAGAAUCCUUAAGAACCAUCUGUGAUGUUAAAGAUAUCGGAGACACUUGUGUCUUAAAGUACUCGGAGGAAAAAUGUUUAGAUUGGCUUAAACUUAAAAUUGAAAAGUUAUCAAAUUAUUUAAAGGAUCGACCACAGAGUGUCGAAUACUCAGCUUGUGCAAGUAAUUACGUAAAAUCUUUAAAAGAAGAGAAAGCUACUACAGAUCUUGUGGCCUAUUCUUGUGGUAUGUUUAGUGAGUAUCUACCAAAUGAAGUAGAAGAAAAGCUAAAGAAAAUUUUAGGCAUUAAAGAAGUCGUUAUGCGUAAAAUUGAAAAUCAAAAAAGAAAAUCUAACUCUUCCGCUGGUCCGAAUGAAGAUUAUACGGAAACAAUUGAAAGCACUGCUAAAAAAUCGGGAGGAAAAGACAAGAAGGAUAUUUCUCAAUCGUUGGACAUUUCUCACUUGUUAUUUAAUGCAAAUGAUUCUAACAUUGUUGAACAAGAAUGUAAGAAUGCCGAUGAUAGAGAUGAAGAUUCUCAUUUUUCGGAUAGUGAUGAGACAUUAGAAAAAUUCAAGGAAUCUAUAAAAUCAUUUGAAACUGCUAAACCUUUUGUUAAAAAAAGGAAAAAUCCAUACAGAAAAGAUUUAGAUAGUAUUACAAAUAGAUUAUUUAAAUUAAUAAUUAGAAGGAAGAAAAAGAAAAAGAACGCUCUAGUAAAUAAGACGGCAUCCCAAGAUUUAUACUCUAUACAAGAGGGAAUUCACGAGAUUGAUAAUAAAGUUGAGAGAAGAUCAACUUUGAAAGUAUUUUUUCAAAAAUUAUCUUUUACUAAAAACAAAUCCAAGAAUAAAUCUUGUGACAAAACUUCCGCUUAUCAAUUAGAUAACGUUCAAGGCGAUCCAUCUGAUUCUGGUCAAUUGGUCAACGGAGCUAACAGGCGGAGAAAUUCUUUAUCCUCUAGUCUUGGUUUGAAAUCUAAAACGCGUAUUGUUGAUAAUUCUCCGAGUUUUAAUUUUGGUCGUUUCUUUUAUAAGAAGAAUCAAAACGUUUCUACAGAAUUUACUAAAAAUUUUAAUUGUGAAAAUCUACAGAAGACAUAGAUGGCAAAGGGAAUUUUACAUUGUUUGUGCGUUUGUCCAAGCAAAGUAGGUUGUUUUUAUUUUAAUUGACAAGAAACAGGACCAAAUAUGUUUUUAAAACAAUUUCAAAUGAAGCGCGAAAAAAAACUUAUUAUUUAGUGCGGUCCUUGUCUUUGUGCGCAUGCGUUGCUUGAAUUUACUCGAUACCGGAAAGUCGUUUGCCACGUAAGAAAAAUGCCUGAAAGUGUCUUUACGGUUUGCCAGAAAUUUCUUGAGAAAUAUUCACAAACAACUCCUAAAAAGUUGAAAAUCAUCGAUGUCUACCUUGGGUAUAUUCUAUUGACUGGGAUCAUCCAGUUUGUGUACUGUUGCUUGGUCGGCACUUUUCCGUUUAACUCUUUCUUGUCCGGUUUCAUCUCAACCGUUGGAAGUUUUGUCUUGGGAGUAUGCUUGAGGUUACAAGUAAAUCCAGAUAACAAAACGGACUUCGCUGGAAUUAGUCCCGAAAGAGCCUUUGCCGACUUCAUCUUUGCGCAUGUCAUUCUUCAUUUGGUUGUAGUAAACUUUAUUGGAUAAGUUUUUGUCGGAUGAUAGAAUUUAGAGAAAUUGUUUAAAAGAAUUCGACAGUUUGUUAAUAAAAAUCAUACAAAAAAAAA